ACACUUCACUCCGGCGGCUUUGUUCUGUUAUUAGCCGGAGCAGAUUCGCUGACGGCCGAGCAGUUUAUCUUCAGCUUCAAAGGAAAAACCAUCACGCCCAGAAGAAUCAACAUGAUGGAGACUCCCGACCCGCUCUCUGCCAAGUAUGAAGGCUCCUUUGCUUACUACACAGUGAAAGACCGUCUGCCUCAGAUUCUGACAAAAGUCAUAGACAACAUACAUCGAAAUAAGAAUAAGUUUUUGGAAGCUCAUGGGGAGGAAGGCAUUGAGGCAGAGAAGAAGGCUUUGUCUUUCUUUUCCAAGCUUAGGAAUGAAAUGCAGACCGAUAAGCCCAUGCUGCCGCUGAGCGACGAGCUGCCGGACGUGCAGAUCUGGAACCAGUACCUGGACUACCAGAGAACGCUGCUGAGCAAUGGUGAAGAGCCCAGCUGGUUCAAGUCCCCGUGGCUGUAUGUGGAGUGUUACAUGUAUCGCAGGAUCCAGGAAGGGAUGGCCCUCAGCCCUCCGAUAUCGGACUACGACGUCUUCAGAGAUUCCAAGAAUGACGGUUUCUUUCAGUCUCAGCAAGCAAUGUUGGCUCUGUGCACCCAUCUUCAGGAGAUGAAAGGGAGAAUAAAUAGUCUCAGCAAAGAUGAGGUCCGGGAUGAGAUCUACAAACUUCUGCAGGUGUCCCUAUGGGGAAACAAGUGCGACCUUUCCGUAUCCGGGGGUCAGGACAACUCCCAGACCACCAGCGUCCUGGCUUCACUCGAGGACUUCAAAGCCUUUAUCUUGGUGGACGACACAACUUCUGUCUGGAACAUCCUGUCGAUGAAAACAGACGGGAACACGGGGACAAGAGUCGACUUUGUUCUAGAUAACGCCGGCUUCGAGUUAAUCACCGAUCUGGUCUUGGCAGACGCCAUGUUGUCUCUCAACCUGGCCACAGAAGUCCAUUUCCAUGGAAAGGUGAAGCCGUGGUACGUCUCCGACACCACGAAGCACGACUUCGACUGGACCGUGCGCCAGUGUUUAGCCGCCAACAACAAGUGGAUGUCCAAGUGCGGGCAAACUUGGAAGGAGAACCUGAAGAAGGGCCGCUGGGUCUAUCAUGAACAUCUCUUCUGGACCCUGCCCCACGAGUUCUGCACCAUGGCCGAGGUGGCCCCCGAUUUAUACACUGAGCUGCAGAAAUCCGAUUUAGUUUUAUUUAAAGGAGACUUGAACUACAGGAAACUUACUGGAGACCGGAAAUGGGACUUCACCGUGCCCUUCUCCCAGGCGCUUAGGUCCUUUCACCCGGCUCCACUGUGCAGCAUCAGAACCCUGAAGGCCGACGUUCAGGUGGGGUUGCCGGCGGGGGUCGGAGAGCAGCUCGCGGCAACAGAGACAGACUGGCUGACAACCGGCAAAUAUGGCGUCAUCCAAUUCAGUCCUGUAGUUUGAGGCAGGCAUUGGAUACCUCCUUCUAGUGCCAUAUUUGCUUCAAAUAGCUUUAGUAACGGAGCUUCGGCGACCGAUGUUGAGCUGUUUACGGCGAGCGGUGACUGCCAGCAUCUGUUUCUGCGGUUAUUCUCGGAAAUUGAAAGCAGAAGUUUGAUCAAGGGGUUAAAGGGG